AUUCCCACAUCCCCUCUCUUCACCAUUCCCCAACCACAAGAACCAUUGCCACCACUACCACUCCCUUCGUUCCUGGCCCCUCCAACCAAAUCCCCAUCACUCUUCUCUCCAAGGUCCGGUGAGAGAUCAUCAGCUGCAGCAGCGUAGAGCCUGUGAUUCGAUCAUUUGUAUAUAUGAGCUGAGAGGUGGUUGCUGGGUCAUCUAAGAGCAGUCGCCAUCUUUGCUCCUGCUUUCUUAACCCCAUCUCUUUUUGGCGUCUCCAACUCCGCCCCUUUUGCUUUCCCACAUCUUUGCCUCAAUAAUGACGCGGGAGGUGGUGCGUUUGGUCCUCGAGCCCCAUCCAUCCAUGCCCCGGUCCAAAUCCACCAGCUGCUUCUCCUCCUUCUUCCCCUCCUCCUCUCUCUUUUCAGCCGUAGUUGGGUGGUAGGUUUCCUUUCCUUUCCUUUCCUUGCUGGGCGAUUGGGAGGCGCCCAAGCCACCUCGCCCGUCCACAUCUUUCGCUCCCUCCUUGCUACUUGCUCCUUCAAUCUGCACAGUUUUGGGUUCACGGUUUCUUGAUUGGAGACUGGUGCCACCAAUAACUUGUCUUCUGUCCAAAUUUCAGUUCUUGCUUCCCGUAACUGCCUCUGCUGGUACUUUUGGGAGUAGAGCAACCUGUUCUUGGGCCGGUUUCUUGUUGCGGAUUGGCUCGAGUUGGGGAGGGUGUUCUGGAAGAAGUUGUUCCCAUGAGGCCGGAGGAGAUGAGAGGCGUGGCGGCGAGGGGGAGGGACCAGUUCCCCGUCGGCAUGAGGGUCCUCGCCGUAGACGACGACCCGGUGUGCCUCAAGGUGCUCGAGACCCUCCUGCGGCGCUGCCAGUACCAUGUGACAGCAACGAAUCAGGCUGUUAUCGCGCUGAGGAUGCUGCGGGAAAACAGGGACAUGUUUGAUCUAGUUAUCAGUGAUGUCCACAUGCCAGACAUGGAUGGCUUCAAGCUUCUUGAGCUCGUGGGGCUUGAAAUGGACCUCCCUGUCAUUAUGUUAUCUGGGAAUGGAGAGACAAAAACUGUGAUGAAGGGGAUAACUCAUGGUGCCUGUGACUAUCUCCUAAAACCUGUUCGAAUUGAAGAGCUUAGGAAUAUCUGGCAGCAUGUUGUUAGGAGGAAAUUCAGUACUCCUGACUAUGUUAAUCUUGAUACCUAUGAAGAGUGCAAUAAGCCACCAAAUGCGGAUUCUGGCUAUGUGUACAGCCAAGUUACAUGUGGGUCACCUGACCAAAAUGGGAGGCCCAACAAGAAGAGGAAGGAUUACCAUAGCGAGGAGGAAGGUGAAGAUGAGGAGAGCAAUGGUCAAGAUGACGAUGACCCUUCGGCUCCAAAGAGGCCAAGAGUUGUUUGGUCAGUGGAACUGCAUCGGAAAUUUGUCGCUGCUGUUAACCAUCUUGGAAUUGACAAAGCUGUGCCAAAAAGGAUUCUUGAGCUCAUGAAUGUUGAAAAGCUCACCAGGGAAAACGUUGCUAGUCACCUACAGAAAUAUAGGCUUUAUCUCAGACGGUUAAGUGCUGUGGCAUCACAACAAGCUGGCAUCGUUGCUUCUUUGGGAGGUAAAGACCACUUUCUGCGGAUGGGUGCUUUCGAAGGACUCCAGGGUUAUCAAGCUUUCACCUCUCCCACAGCACUACCAUCUUUCAGUGCUCAUGGAUUGCUAAAUAGUCCUAGAAACAAUCAAACGGCGCUUGUGAUACAGGGACUGGCUUCUUCCAGGUCUAUUCAGACUGCAAGUGGCAGUAGCACAACAAACCAUUCAAUUGUUGAUGCAAAUAAGUACCAUCUUAGCUUACGAGGGAACCAGCAAGGGAAUUUGGCACAAGGUUUGGUGACAUCGCUAGGGCCGGCCCAACUGCAACAAAAGUUUAUCAAUGAAGAAACCGGUGAUCUGUCCACCAUCCUUUCUGUGAAUGGCCAGGCUAAUGGUACGCCUGGCAUAUUCCAAAGCGUCACAAGCAGUCCAUUGCUGCCUCAAGAUCUUGUGGAGUUCACACAAGGCAAAGUUGACAUCCAGCCAUCAAUUAGAGCUCCCUCUGUAAGAUUAGAACAUCUUGAAGGUGCCGUUGGAGCCUCUUCUGGUCUGUUGGAGUCCCGUGUAUCCCAGCAGUGCGCUACCCCUUUAUCUGGAUAUUCUGCUAGCAGGUUACUAACAAACAGUUCAUUCAACAAUAAUGGUGCAACUAGAUUGUGUGGUACUACAUCCUCAGCAGUAGCAAGAGAUACCAAUGUGGGAGCUAGCUCUUUUGGUGGCCCUUCACCUUCAGAUACCAAUCAAAAGUACUUGAACUUCGGGAGUGGAAACAGUUUUAGACAGAAGAUAAAUGAAAGGAGUGGAGACAGUCUACUUGAUCCAAAGCUCGUAUGGAGUUCUUCUCAACUGACCAGUAAUUUUGGACUUGGAGCAUAUCAUUCCAUGAGCCAAAGGACGAAUAAUGACAGCAUUAACAGCAGCCAUUGUGCCAGAAUGACUGGACAGACAAGUGCAAGUGCUCCAGUGGUCGUGCCACAAACCAAGCUCGAUGCCCUCUUUUCAGAAGAUCUGCAGAUGCCAAGGAAUGCCUCUGAUUUGAGCAUUCCAAGACUGCAGAGCGAGCUUAGUUCUAGCACCUGCAGUUUCGACGGUCUUCUCAAUUCCAUAAUCAAAGUGGAGAAGGACGACAUUUCCUUUGGUGACGAUCUGGGGUGCGAUUUCUAUUCACUCAGUGCUUGCAUAUGAGAGUCUGCUGCCAUGUGACCGCGUCUAUUCGCAUCUUUGUGUAUGCGCUUCGCAACCGUAUUGUAUGUAUGCUAGUGUAGUGUACUAGUGUAAUCCUUAGGCCUAGCCUGGGCUCCAUCCUGUAUGUAUUGUAGUAGCAGUACCAGUAGUAACAUACUAGCUGUUGGAAGACAAGUUGAUAUGCUAACUUGGUCAGUUAGAGGCAUUUGAUGGAUCAUGGAUGGGAUGUUCUGCAACCUGUACCGGUAAUUAUUAGUAGUAGCAAUCGGUGGGAUUUUGAAGUUGUGCUGGAAA